GAGGAGAGUGCUCGUCGUGCUCCGUCAUUGCGCUUCAGGCUUCUCUACCCUCCUCGAGAGAAAGGAAAAUAUUUCGGCGCUUUAGGGGUUGGCUGUGACGCACCGAUUACCAGACCGCAGGGCAGACAAACAGGAGCGGCCGUCGUCGCUCCUCACAUUCCCUGCUGUUCCGCACCGCAUCCCACCACCACCACCACCACCAGCAGCCCGAUGGCGGCACAAGUGGUGGUACCGCCCGUACAAGGCAAGGCAGAGAUGGCUCUGGACGCGGCCCGCGUGUACGCGGAGGAGGAGGCCAAGCGGAAGAGGCUGGAGUGCCGCUUCUACGAGGCGCAAUACCCCGAGAUCGAGGAGGUGGUGAUGGUCAAUGUGCGCAACAUCGCGGAGAUGGGGGCGUACGUGGUGUUGCUCGAGUACAACGACAUCGAGGGGAUGAUUCUCCUGUCGGAGCUGUCUCGCCGGCGUAUCCGGUCGAUCAACAAGCUCAUCCGGGUUAACCGGAACGAGGUGGCCAUGGUGCUCCGCGUCGACAAAGAGAAGGGUUACAUCGACUUGUCGAAGCGGAGGGUGAGCCCGGAGGACGUGGCGAAGUGCGAGGACCGAUACAACAAGGCGAAGGCGGUGCACAGCGUGCUGCGCCACGUCGCCGACCUGAGGGGCCUCGUGCUCGAGGACCUCAGCACGAAGGUCUCCUGGCCGCUGUACAAGAAGUACGGGCACGCCUUCGACGCGUUCAAGCUCACGCUGCAGGACGAGGAGGACGUGUUCGUGGGGCUGGACAUCGACGAGGAGACCAAGCAGGCGAUGAUCACGCACAUCAAGCGCCGGUUGGCACCGCAGCCGAGCAAGGUGCGCGCGGACAUCGAGGUCACGUGCUACACGUACGAGGGGAUCGACGCCGUCAAGGCAGCGUUGAUUGCAGGGAAGGCCGUGGGGGACGAGAGGACGCCCAUCCAGAUCAAGCUCAUCGCUCCUCCGCGGUACGUGAUGGACACCAUGACGCUGGACAAGGACCUGGGGAAGUCGGUGCUGGAGAAGGCGAUCGAGGUGGUGACCGAAAAGAUCAUCGAGUCGGGGGGAAAGCUGGAGGUUAAGAUGGCGCCAAAGGCGGUGAGCCAGAGGGAAGAGUCGGAGUUGCAGGCCAUGCUGGAGCGCUUGGCACUCGAGAACGAAGAAAUAGAUGGGGACGCCCCCGAAGAUGUUUGAUUUCGUCACUCACGCCGUGUAUUUUUCGUUUUGCUGGUUCAGGGGUGAGGGGGGUAGGGUUGCAGUUUUCUUUUCCCCUGCUUUCGGAGAUUCAUUUUUUUGUGCUCCUGUUGUUGGCGGGCUGGUCACGUCAGCGAAGCCGAAUGUCCUUACAGCUUUUGGCUGGCACGUUUCCUUUCAGUGAUUUAUUUUGGCCAAUGGGCAGCUGGUGCGGUAGCAGCUACGCACAUGCCAGUCAGGCGCCAUCUGCGACGUUUCAGGCCCCAUCGUAAGCGAUCUGUUUGUGCUGUAGAAAGAGCUUGACUGGCCAAGACUUCGCAGCGUUAUUAGUGCGAUUAGGAGUCAGGGCUAUGUAGCAGGCCUAUCGGAUGCGAUCUGGUGUGGGCAAAAGCGCCCAACAGCACAUCAUUGUCCGACUAGCAGCUGUGCUCAUGAUUGUGCCACAAAUUGAACGUGUAGUCAGGCAUGAUCUUUGGGCUGCACGCAGCGCGUUGGACGUACGUGCAUUUUUGUGUUGUUCAAGUGGCAUGACAUUUCGUAUGCCCGAUGUGUUGCGCGGGAGGAAUGUAGUGACUUGGCUAGCACUGAACAAGAAACGAUUUGCAGGGGAUAUCUCUCAUGGCCCGUCUUCUGUUGUAGGCAGGGCAGGUACUUGGGCCUCAUCCUACCCUUGGCUUCCGAGUCGUGCGGGCGUUCAAGCGUGUCUACCCAUCGUAGGCGCUGGCGCGUCUUGACGAAAUAUAAACGCUCCCAACUUUGUGUGCAGCGUAUGUUUCAGCUCAGCAGACGACCACCGCACGCGCUUGUCUUUUGUUCGCAGCGAAGUGCGUUCCUUGUUGCC